AUGUCGAAACCUGAGUUUACCUUGCGAACUGGCAUCUAUCCAGCCAUCGUGCCGGAACAAUUCAAAGGUUCACUGGCAGGCAAAGUUGCCCUUGUUGCUGGAUCUGGGAGAGGCAUUGGAAGAGAGAUUGCAUUUGCACUGGCAAGGUCUGGUGCUGCAGUUGCAAUAUCAGGAAGAACGAAGCGUGAAGUUGAGGAGACUACGAAAGAUGUACUGAGUUUGGGCGGCGGUGUAAAAGCAAUAGGCAUUGUGGCAGAUGUUUGCGUCAGGUCAGAGUUAGAACGUUUGGUGAGGGAGGUCACAGAAGGUCUUGGUCCUAUCGACAUCCUCAUCUACAAUGCCGGAACAAAUACCUUCAUGCCAUUCCACCUGACCGAUCCUGACGAGUGGUGGAAACAAAUGGAGACCAUGGUCAAGUCUCCCACCGAAUUAACACGGAUGAUCCUCCCUUCAAUGCAAAAGCGGAACUCAGGCAUAAUCAUCUACACAUCAUCACGAGCAGCAGCCGCAGAUCUUCCCUGGGCUGCUGGAUACAGCUGUGCAAAGACAGCCAUCACACGAUUUGCUGGCAUCCUGCAGAACGAAUUGAAUAUCCUCCAGAAGGAUACCUUCGGUUUUGACGACAAUGGGAUCUCAGUCUUCUCCAUUCAUCCAGGAGAGGUGAGGACGAAGCUUCAUGAGACUGCUUUCCCCGAGAAGACGAAGAAGGAAGCGCCAUAUGUAGUGGAGCAUAUGGCGAAGAUGGCGAAGAUGCAUCCUGAUUUCAAAGCGGAGACUCCUGCUUGGACUUGUGUCUAUCUUGCGGCAGGCAAAGGCGCAGGGCUGGAGGGUCGCUUGGUGGAUUGUACCCGGGAUAUCGAGGAGGUGAAGAAGUUCGUGCUAUCUACGCCUAUACCGAAGAUCACAAAUGCUUGUGGUUGA